AUGCUUUUGAUUUCAUGUUGUUGUGGGCAAGACUUCUACAUUGAUGUCACCUUUGAUAUCGCUCUACGAAGGAAAACUCUAUUCUACACUGUAAACUUGGUCAUUCCAUGCAUGCUGAUAGCUAUUUUAACCACAUUCGUAUUUUACAUCCCGCCUAUUGAGCACAAGAUGACGUUCUCCAUUUCGAUUUUGGUUUCGCUUACUGUUUUCUAUCUCGUUCUGAUUGAACUGAUCCCGCCUACAUCUUUGGUUAUUCCGCUGAUAGGACGAUAUCUUCUAUUCACAAUGUUCCUGGUCGCAAUGUCUAUUCUUUUAUCUGUGCUUUCGCUAAACUACUACAGAAGAGAUGGUUCUGCUCAUCCCAUGCCCCAUUGGAUGCAAGCCGUUUUCAUCGAAACGCUUCCAAAAUAUAUCGGAAUCAAAAAAGCUGAGGAAGAUGAAAUCAGUGACCGUGGCAGUAGUACUUCAGUUUCUGGAUUCUUCUCGUCGUCCAUCACCAUACUUCCUCACCGUUCCCACGGCGAUUGUCCAAUGAUGGACAAAAAACGAACAAGAGGUGAAAUAAACAAGAUGCGAUUGUCACAAUUGGCUCAUCUACGAGGAAUGCACCCUGAUUUGAUACGCAGAAUGAUCGACAACGUUUCUUUCAUCGCAGACCAUUUCGACUAUAAGAAGGAAGACAAGUGCGCCAGUUCUGAGAAAACAUACAUA